GAUGGUUACACCCACUCCUGUUCUAGAACAGGCAAAGGCACUACCACUGUCCGGGCUUGAGGGGAGUCUCCUAUCCGGAUAUGACAGCAUGUUGACCCGGAAAAGGAGGGACCCGAGACAGUGGGGCUUGGGCCGCGGCUAUGGAGGGAGCCGGUUACAGGGUUGUGUUUGAGAAGGGAGGCGUGUACCUGCACACCAGUGCCAAGAAGCACCAGGACCCGGACUCCCUCAUCGCUGGCGUCAUCCGUGUUGUGGAGAAGGACAAUGAUGUCCUCCUGCACUGGGCUCCCGUAGAAGAGGCUGGAGAUUCCACCCAAAUCCUCUUCUCCAAGAAGGAUGCCAGUGGGGGUGACUCGUGCACCUCUGAGGAAGAACCGACCUUUGACCCCGGCUAUGAACCCGACUGGGCUGUCAUUAGCACUGUACGGCCACGGCCCCGCCAUGCAGAGCCUAUGAGAGAGUCCAGCUCCCCCCGGGAUGCCUGGGCCUUCUCGGUGAGUCUGGGGGAGCUCAAGUCCAUCCGCCGGUCCAAGCCGGGCCUCAGCUGGGCCUACCUCGUGCUGGUGACUCAAGCUGGAGGCUCCCUGCCCGCCCUGCACUUCCACCGAGGGGGCACCCGCGCCCUGCUCCGAGUCCUCAGCCGCUAUCUGCUGUUGGCCAGCUCCCCACAGGACUCCCGCCUCUACCUCGUCUUCCCCCACGACUCCUCCGCCCUCUCCAACUCCUUCCACCACCUCCAGCUCUUUGACCAGGACAGCUCCAACGUGGUGUCUCGCUUCCUCCAGGACCCCUACUCCACUACCUUCAGCAGCUUCUCCCGCGUGACCAACUUCUUCCGGGGAGCCCUGCAGCCACACCCAGAGGGGGCCUCCCCCGACCUUCCUCCAGUCCCUGAUGACGAGCCCGAACCUGGAUUCGAGGUCAUAUCCUGUGUGGAGCUGGGUCCUCGGCCCGCUGUGGAGCGGGCGCCUCCCAUCACAGAGGAGGAGUGGGCCCACCACAUGGGCCCCGAGGGCCGCCUGCAGCAAGUCCCUGAGCUGAGAGCCCGGAUCUUCUCAGGGGGUCUGAGCCCCGGCCUGAGGCGCGAGGCCUGGAAGUUCCUCCUGGGGUACCUCAGCUGGGAGGGCUCAGCCGAGGAGCACAAGGCCCACGUGCGCAAGAAAACGGACGAGUAUUUCCGAAUGAAGCUGCAGUGGAAAUCAGUGAGUCCUGAGCAGGAGCGGAGGAACUCAUUGCUGCAUGGAUACCGCAGCCUCAUCGAGAGAGAUGUGAGCCGCACAGACAGGAGCAACAAGUUCUACGAGGGUCCGGACAACCCUGGGCUGGGCCUGCUCAACGACAUCCUUCUCACCUACUGCAUGUAUCACUUCGACCUCGGCUAUGUCCAGGGCAUGAGUGACCUCCUCUCCCCGAUCCUCUACGUCAUUCAGAACGAGGUGGAUGCUUUCUGGUGUUUCUGUGGCUUCAUGGAGCUUGUGCACGGGAACUUUGAGGAGAGUCAGGAGACGAUGAAGCGGCAACUCGGGCAGCUCCUGCUGCUCCUCCGGGUGCUGGACCCACCGCUCUGCGACUUCCUGGACUCUCAGGACUCCGGCUCUCUCUGCUUCUGCUUCCGGUGGCUGCUCAUCUGGUUCAAGAGGGAAUUCCCCUUCCUGGAUGUCCUUCGACUGUGGGAGGUGCUGUGGACAGGGCUCCCUGGCCCGAAUCUGCACCUGCUCGUGGCCUGUGCCAUCUUGGACAUGGAGCGGGACACUCUCAUGCUUUCCGGCUUCGGCUCCAAUGAGAUCCUCAAGCACAUCAACGAGCUGACCAUGAAGUUGAGUGUGGAGGACGUACUGACACGAGCUGAGGCCCUCUACCGGCAGCUGACGGCCUGCACAGAGCUGCCCCACAACGUUCAGGAGGUCCUGGGUCUGGUGCUGCCCACAGAGCCCCGCAGCCCCUCACCCCCUGCCUCCCCACUGCCGCUGUCGCCCACCCGGGUCCCACCAGCCCCGCCGCUCUCCGCGGACACAGCCCCGCAGCCGGACAGCAGCUUAGAGAUCCUGCCUGAGGAGGAGGAGGAGGAAGGCACGGACUCCUAACAUCCCGGGGGCCGCAGCAGCCUGCCCCCGCACAGCACUUUAUCCAGCUCCCGCCUCUCCCGGAGUCUGGGGGUGGAGCGAGCUAAGAGGGGCGGGCCUCCCGCCAUGCCUCUUGUGCCCUCCUGAUUAGCUGGUUUCAUUAACUGACACUUCUCGUGUGCAGCUGGCCUCGUGAAGGGGGAGGAAAGAGCCUGCCACGUUGCCUUGAACCUGGAUGGGGAAGGGAUGGUUUGUGGUCCCCUCUGACCGCUCUGUAGAGCAGGUGUCUGACCAUGUAACCCUGACCGGGCCAAUGAGACGUAAGAGGGAGUCCCUUGGGGGUAAGGAGGUGGGGGCUUGUGGAGGCAAGGCUCCCUUAACUGCCUGAGUUUGGGGCUUUUGGAAGAGUGAGUAUGGGGUGCUGGAGUGCGGCCGUCACCUAACAGCUGUGCGGAGACACAUCCUGGACAUAACCAAGAUGGAAGGGCCUGCAGAGCUGCUCAUUCUGGCAACCCUGCCUACCAGCCAGCUUCUUGUUCCGUGAGAAAAAUAAACUCGUGUUUAACCCAC